GUACCCGGAUGUGUGACGUCAUAUAACCGAGACGACGAUAGCGAGGGAGGUGACUUGUUGAACAACCUUUUUAGGUUUUAAUACAUGUCCCGUCAGUAAACAGACCCAGCAUUUUCACAAUGUUGGCUUGUAAGUGGAUCUUAACCGGCACCACGGUCUCUGCUCUCCGGGUUCAUCGCAGUCGCAAAGUCGUUGUGUCCGGCCAUGUCCAGAGAUGGCUGUCCUCACAAACGGACGGAGAGGCACGCAUCUCGAACGUGCUGAAGGAGAAGUUCCCUUCAGCCACAUCCCUUAAAGUCGUGGAUAUAUCAGGUGGUUGUGGAGCAAUGUAUGAGAUCCAUAUAGAGUCCAAUGAGUUCAAAGGAAAAAGGACCAUCCAACAGCACCAAUUAGUUAAUCAAGCACUCAAGGAGGAGAUUCAAGGAAUGCACGGGCUGCGAAUAUUUACUGAUGUUCCAAAACAUUAGAGAGAAUGUCCUUCCACUGUUGACCCACAUCUUUAUGUAUCUAUCAUACGUUCUAUAAACUGUAGUUAGUAAUAUUUCAGUGGCAGAGGAACAUUGUUGCAUUGUUUAUGGCAGUUAUACAUUAACAGUGGUAAAGAAUGAAAUGUAUGGUUUCAGUUAUCUUAUUGUUUUUAAUUGUGAGAUAUCAUCUACUAGUACAUUAAGCAGGCCAACGCUACAAUACGCACAAAAUGACAUGGGAGAGGGAAGAAAUGUCAUGUAUGUUUCUUCAAACUGUUUUUUUUCUCAGGGUUGAUAACAUGAGUGUAACAAUAAGCAUUCAAGGAAAAAGUAAAUAUCAUUGUCCUGAAUGUUGGAGAAUGAUCACACUCUUUUUUUCUGGAGAAGUAUUUUUCAAUGUAACAUAAAUUGUGUAAGAGCCA